UUUUUUCCACCGAAGCACUCCGGAACAGAUUAAAUCUGCUUGCUUAGAGUGAGGAUUAAAUUCGUGUAUCCACAUCGGCAAUCUAAAAUGAAUCGAGUGGUCAUUUAUCAAAGGCCAGCUCAGCGUUGUAGUGGUCCAAGCUGCACUAAAUGUCUUCUAAUUUUUUUCACUAUCAUGUGUUUACUUAUUGGUUUCAUUUUGACCAUGGUGGGUCACCUUGCCGAACCAUUUUGGGGCCCAGAAGAUGAUUGGUGCGACUUUUGCCGCGAGGACAGACUGGAAACAGAACGAAAUUUAAAGAAUUGUCGAAUCGUCGGACCAAUAUUCCUUGCGAUCGGAGGCGUUUUGCUCGUCAUUUCGAUCUGUUAUUGCCAAGUCCAAAACAAAGCAAAUCAAGGGCAAGUUAUAACCGGACCGCCUUCUACUCAAACUGUCUCUACAAGUCAACCGGGUCCUGGAGCGGUAUCAACUUCUCAGUACCCUUCAGGCAACACUUUUGGACCUCAACAACCUUAUGGGCCGUCAUACGGAUAUCAACCGGGACCUUACCCGAACAACCCACCUCCGCCCACUGCGGGAACAUAUCCACAGUAUCCGACAGGACAAGUGUAUCCUCCUGUAACACAACACCCUUUCCCUCCUCAAACACAGCACCCUUACCCUCCUCAAAGUGGACAUGAUUACUCACCAUACCCUUCGACAGAUAUGCCUCCUCCACCGUCGUAUGAAAGUGCUACAGACCAAAGUGUUACAGACCAAAGUGUAACUCCAACUGCCCCUCCCAUGGAGAAAGUGGGUUAGAUAGCUCUGAGAGGGAGGAUGAAUCCAGAGACUUGGAGUAACACAUGUGAUGUGAUAAUAAUGCAAAGAUGGUCUGGGGGAAUUUCCCAGUUCUAUCUUUGUAGAGGCACAAUCUUUGAAACCAAAUCUAGUUUAGGAGGACACAUGGUAUUAUUAGCAUAUAAAAAGAUAUGGGUUUGAAAACUAAGUGAGCCAAACCAGAUUAGGCCAUUUUACAGUUGUGUACUUAGUUGCCCAGCCUUUGAUUUGAAGUGAGGCUGACGGUGACCUUGUUGUGAUAGAGACCAGUAACUAGUUAGCAUGAUAACAAAGUAAUUUGCAUUUGAAAAGCAGCAAGGUUUGUAUCAUAACAAGGUCAGCCUUAGCCUCACUCCUGUUCAAAGACCUGGCAAACAAGCACACAACUGUAAAAUGCACUAUUAAGCUAUGGUUAUUGCAAUUUUUGUUUGUUACUGCUUACAUGACUGCAUAUUUAUUCCAAGGUAAACAAUUUGUUAAUCAAGACUGGAGUAUUGAUUCAGAAUUUUUGAUGUUUUCAUUUAAAUGUAA